CGAGUCUAACGCCAUCUAGCGGGCAUCACAAGAAGAGGCGGAGUUCCAAGCACGGCCGCGCGGGGGCGCGGCGAUAGCCAUCACUUUACGACCUCAUACGACACGGCACACAAGCCGCUCUCGCGAUUUUUUUGCCUUUUUUUAUAUAGAAUCGCCAACGUUCCAACUUUUGUUAAUUUCAUUUAAUAUAAUUUAAAAAUAAAAACAAUUUGUAAAAUUAAAAUAUGAACAAGUCAUUGAAGAGACCCGUCUGCUGCUCCUGAAAGUAAUUCAGAUUCGCUAACCUCCCAAACAUUGGACCUCCGAGCCGGAAGCUAUCAACCAGCGCCAGGAUCAGCAAGAAACGGUCAGGCCAUCCAUUCUUCACCUUCUCCCUUCAAUCGUCAUUGUGCUAAAACCGUGUCUAUUUUGUAACCUUCCAGUGUCGAGCACAUGCCGCGUGGUGCACACGGCCGCCAUUACGAGUCAACAACGAGUUUCGGGAUUAAACUGUAAGUGCUUUACAUUCUCUCACACACACCAUGACUACUCCUAAAACAUCAGUGACUCCAAGUACUUUAACUCUCGAUAUGAACGAUUCGCGUACCUUGACACAAAGACGUGGCACACUCAAGGGUAAACUCACGUUGUUCGCUAAAUAUGUCGCUACGCUUAAUCAGGCUAAUUUAACGAAUAUCCAAAAAGUUGAGUUACAAUUACGCAUAAAUAAUGCCGCGAGCUAUUAUCAAGAUUUCGAUGUCGUUCAAACUAGAAUCGAGGAGUUAGCAGAUCCGAGUGACCUUCCUAAGCAUUUAGAUUACCGCGAAGAGUUCGAGGGGCAAUAUUAUCAGACAGUGGCCGCAGCGUCCGAAUUAGCUGACGUUGGCAACAGUCUCGUUGUUGCUAACGGCAGCGCCGCUGCCCCUGCCAGCACAGAUUCCGUGGGUUAUAAGGUUAAAUUACCUACAAUAUCACUCCCCACCUUCGACGGUUCGUACGAGCAUUGGUUAGGGUUUAGGGACACGUAUACUUCUCUGAUACACGAUUCUAAGGACCUGGGUGCCAUACAAAAGUUCCAUUACCUGCGCGCAGCCUUAACCGGCACCGCUUUGCAAGUAAUAAAGUCCUUGGAAUUUUCAGCAGAGAACUAUACGACCGCGUGGGAGCUUCUCGAAAACCGUUUCAAUAAUCAUAGGUUACUAACACACAAUUACGUAAAGUCACUUUUUAACACGCAAUCAUUAAAUAAGGAAUCUGCUACACAGAUUAGAAGGCUGAUUGACUCUGUGCUACGUUCCCUUCGUGCCCUAAAGACCCUAGGAGAACCUACGGAUUCCUGGGACACGUUAGUCAUUUAUUUAAUUGUCACGAAACUAGACGCAUCUACGGAACGCGAGUGGGAGGAGCACAAGGGCUCAAUCAACUUUAAUCGGCAAGAUUCUACCUCUCACAUUAAGCUAACUGAUUUGAUUACUUUUUUACAAAAUCGUGCAGAUAUGUUGGAAUCUAUUUCGGCUAAUCAUUCCAAAAAUACGCACUCAAAUUCGCAUGACACUAAAAAGCCAUCAAAUCAGUCACAAUCACACAAUUUAAACGCAACGCAUAGCUAUGCUUCUAGCUCCACAGUUUCACAGUCACACAUAAACAAAUCCAGUUCCAAACGCACUUCGCCUCGCAUUUGUCAAAUGUGCAGCGCUAAUCAUCCGCUUUAUUCGUGUAAUAGUUUCCUUGAUUUAACUGUUCCCGACAAAGUUAAAUUGAUUGAAGAUAAGAAACUAUGUCACAAUUGUCUUCGCGCUGGUCACACAGUUGACAACUGCUUUUUUGGCCCGUGUAGGAUCUGCCAGAAAAAACAUAAUAGCUUGAUACAUAGCUUGAGUAGUGACAGUGACGGUGCAUCAGCUUCGGCUGGCAAUGUAAACAACAAGCCACCGACAAGCGCUGUCCCCGCCACCUCGACUCAUCACACUCUUACACUUAAUUCGCACACACUCUCACCGCCGUUAAAACCGGUAUUAUUAUGUACUGCAAUAGCAGUAGUUGCCGAUAGCAACAAUAAAUUAGAUAGGGCUAGAGUUUUUCUUGAUAAUGGCUCAGAACACAGUUAUGUCGCACAAUCUUUUAUAGAUAAAUUAAAAACGCCUUUAGUACAGUCCACUUACAAUAUUUCAGGGUUAAGUAAAUUAAUCACGCAAACCACACACUCGUGUCAACUUAACCUACAAUCUAUUACAGGUGACUACCAUGCACGCAUCAAUUGCAUGGUACUCCCUGUCUUAACGGAACCGCUGCCGACAGCAGCAAUAAGCGCGCAUUCCAUUCGCAUUCCAGAUAAUAUUCAACUCGCGGACCCUAAUUAUUUCAAAUCGUCAGAUAUUGAUAUAUUGUUAGGCGGUGAUUAUUUCUGGGGCUUGUUAAAUAAGGAUCGUAUUCCUCUCGCAGAAGGGCCUUAUUUACAAGAUACUAAACUUGGUUGGAUCGUCGUGGGUCCGAUUAAUAAUAAACGCAUUAAAUUAAAUAAAACUACUUGUCAUUUCACGCAAACUUUAGACGCACAAUUAAAACAGUUUUGGGAGCUCGAGGAGGUUCCUAAGAUGGGAGACGGACUGACUGACGACGAACGCGCCUGUGAACAGCUGUUCGCUUCGACUACGCAACGCGAUAAAGAUGGUCGUUUUUUGGUACGUUUACCCUUAAAGGAAUCUGCUGAUGCGCUCGGCGAUACCUACGAUAUAGCUAGGAGUAGGUUCUUAUCUUUAGAACGCAAACUCGAGCGUCUCCCGGAGCACAAAAAAAUGUACUGCGAUUUUAUGCGCGAAUACAUUGAGCUAGGGCACAUGUCACUUAUACACACAUACACAAAGCCUUAUUGCUUUCUUGUACACCACUCUGUGUUAAAGGAUAGUCUCACUACACGCUUAAGGGUUGUUUUUAAUGGGUCAAUGCCCACUAGUUCUGGGAAAUCCCUGAACGAUUUGCAAUUAGUCGGGCCGACCAUACAAAACGAUAUUUUUUCUAUAUUGUUACGUUUUCGCGAGCAUAGAUACGUUGCCUGCGCAGACGUAGCAAAAAUGUACAGGCAAGUCCUUAUUCAACCAGACCAACGGAACCUUCAACUAAUUUUGUGGCGAGAGAACCCUUCGGAGCCGCUAAAUAUUUACCAACUUAACACGGUAACUUUUGGUACUUCUUCUGGGGCCUUUCUGGCCAUCCGCUGUCUCAAUCAGCUGGCAAAAGAAUGUGCUGACGAAGCGGUCUCUCGCACUAUACUAGAAGACUGCUACGUAGAUGACCUAAUUACAGGAAAUAAUGAUAAACACGUUUUAAUUGAUAUCUGUGAAAAGGUCACCGACGUACUGCAGUCAGGCUGUUUCCCACUCCGAAAAUGGGUGUUUAACUUUGACGUUUCGCAAUUUUCCUCGUCAAAAAUUACGUCACGUGAAUUGUGUUUAGGCGAUAACUGUCAAAGUAAAACACUCGGCUUAGGAUGGACUAACAACACUGACGAAUUUCAUUACACGGCAAAAAUACAACAGGAUAAUAAUAACGAACCGAUAACAAAGCGCAAAAUAUUAUCAGUCAUUUCACAAAUGUAUGACCCUCUCGGGCUACUUUCGCCAGCCAUAAUCAUUGCAAAAAUUUUACUCCAAAAACUAUGGCUUUGCCGCUUAGAUUGGGACUCGGAAGUGCCUGAGGAUGUCGCAUCAGCCUGGCGUACAUACAUACUCACACAUACACAACACAUACAUAGCCUCCGCAUUCCUCGUUAUGUAAUGAAUGCGUAUGCGCACUGCACACAGUUGCACUUUUUUUGUGAUGCUAGUCAAGCGGCCUAUGGGGCCUGUGCAUAUGUGCGUACGCUUUCGGGAGAUAAUAAUGAGGUCAUUACACUGCAUCUGUUGUGUUCUAAGAGUAAAGUCGCGCCCUUGAAAUCCGUCAGUAUCGCGAAACUUGAAUUGCUAGGCGCGCUGUUAGCCGCUAGGUUGUACUCAAAAAUAAUGAAAUCGCUUAAAGUGAAAUUCGAUUCUGUUUAUUUUUGGUGUGAUAGUACAAUCGUUCUUGGGUGGAUCCGAAUGUCACCCCACACGCUUAAAACGUUUGUUCAAAACAGAGUGUCGGAAAUAAACGAGUUAACCGGGAGCGCGCAGUGGUUACAUAGUGAACACAUACGAUUACUGCAUGCUCCACCUAGUCUUCUGCUUGCUACUAUCAAAGACUGCUGGUGGCCUCUCGGAGGCACUAAUUUAGCAAAGCGUGUGGUACGCACCUGUGUAACCUGCAUCCGCAUGAAGGCGAAAACGUUUGCACCUAUUAUGGGUAACUUACCUUCAUUACGUUUGGAACCUGGGUUCGCCUUUAUGAGCUGCGGGGUAGACUACGCGGGGCCAGUAUAUGUACUUAAUCGUAGGGGUAGGGGAGCUAAACCUCAAAAGGCUUACAUCUGUCUGAUAGUAUGCUUCACGACGCGCGCGGUUUAUCUUGAUUUGGUCACAAGUCUUAGUACCGAAGGAUACCUACUCGCACUUAAACGCUUCAUUUCGCGCCGUGGUAAGCCUAACGUCAUAUAUUCCGACAAUGGCCGUUGCUUUGUAGGGGCAAUGAAAGAACUUUCGUCGUUCCUACAGGGUAACGCGAGUAAUAUCAUUGAGUGCGCCGCUAAUGAUAACAUUAAUUUGCAUUUUAACCCCCCUUAUGCUCCACAUAUGUCAGGUUUGUGUGAGAGAGCUGUACAGUCUUGCAAAUAUCACCUGAAGCGCGUUAUUGGCAACGCGAAUUUAACUUUUGAGGAAUUUAGCACGGUUUUGGCACAGUCCGAAGCCCUACUGAAUUCCAGACCCAUGCAUCCUCUUUCCACAGACCCAAACGACCUUUCCGCAUUAACUCCAGCGCAUUUCCUUAUUGGCCGACCGCUGACAGUGCCGCCCUACAAGGACUUGACGACAGAGACGGGUCGGCUCCCACGCUACAAGAUGCUGGAGAAAAUGCGACAACACUUUUGGCAGCGGUGGUCAAAACAAUAUAUUUCUGAGCUGCAAACCAGAACGAAGUGGCAGACUCACGGCCAGGAUAUCGUUCACAACUCCCUAGUUCUGGUCAAGGAAGAUAAUCUACCACCCCUCAAAUGGCGUUUGGGACGGGUGGUAGCUUUGUUCACAGGAAACGACGGAGUUUCUCGCGUCGCUGACGUAAAAACAGCGAGCGGGGUCAUACGCAGGGCUUUCACUAAGCUUUGCCCUCUCUUGAUGCCGCCAGAGAGUGAAGCUGCGCCAACCCCAUCCACAUCACCACAACCACAUUGAAAGCGGGUGCUUUCAAGGCCGGGGGCAUGUUCGCGAGUCUAACGCCAUCUAGCGGGCAUCACAAGAAGAGGCGGAGUUCCAAGCACGGCCGCGCGGGGGCGCGGCGAUAGCCAUCACUUUACGACCUCAUACGACACGGCACACAAGCCGCUCUCGCGAUUUUUUUGCCUUUUUUUAUAUAGAAUCGCCAACGUUCCAACUUUUGUUAAUUUCAUUUAAUAUAAUUUAAAAAUAAAAACAAUUUGUAAAAUUAAAAUAUGAACAAGUCAUUGAAGAGACCCGUCUGCUGCUCCUGAAAGUAAUUCAGAUUCGCUAACCUCCCAAACAGCU